UUUCCGUUGUAUAGCAAACGUGUAGCCAGUUUAUUUGGAUUUGGAUCUUCCUAUCUUCUGCACACGUGUUCCUCUACACAGCACCCAUCAGAUUAAUCAGAUUCAUUCAGCAAGUAAUUGGGUUUAGUGUUGAUUUGAGAACGUUUCUGUUUGGUUUGUUUUUUCUUUCUCUGCCGCAAUGCUGCUCGAACAUCCCGGAUCGAGCUGUCAGAAUCCCGCAAAUUUCUCCAGAUACAGUGCGGGGCAAGCUACACUCCAUCUACAUCUCACAGUGAAACCUGAAGCUGCCACGCCAGCAACAAAGAAAGAUAUUCCAGUGUGUGCAGGCUGCAGUCAGCACAUCGUUGACCGCUUCAUCCUGAAGGUGUUGGACCGUCACUGGCACAGCAAAUGUCUGAAAUGCAGCGACUGUCAAUCACAGCUGGCAGAGAAGUGCUUCACACGUGGAGACGGCGUCUACUGCAAAGAGGACUUCUUCAAGAGGUUCGGGACAAAGUGUGCGGCGUGUCAGCAGGGCAUCCCACCGAGUCAGGUAGUGAGAAGAGCGCAGGAUUUUGUCUAUCACCUCCACUGCUUCGCUUGUAUCGUGUGCAAAAGGCAGUUAGCCACAGGAGACGAGUACUACCUGAUGGAGGACAGUCGACUAGUGUGUAAGGUCGACUAUGAGACAGCCAAGCAGAGAGAGGCCGACUCGACAGCGAAAAGGCCACGCACAACCAUCACAGCCAAGCAGCUGGAGACACUGAAGAACGCUUACAACAACUCGCCCAAACCGGCACGCCAUGUCCGCGAGCAGCUGUCCUCAGAGACCGGCCUUGACAUGCGAGUGGUCCAGGUGUGGUUCCAAAACAGAAGAGCAAAAGAGAAGAGGCUAAAGAAGGAUGCGGGAAGACAGCGGUGGGGACAGUACUUUCGCAGCAUGAAGAGAUCCAGAGGAAACUCGAAAUCAGACAAGGACAGCAUUCAGGAGGAAGGCAUGGACAGUGACGCUGAGGUCUCCUUCACAGACGAGCCCCCCAUGUCUGAGCUGAGUCACUCGAACAGCCUGUACAGCAGUCUGAGUGAGAGUUCUCCGGCUCUGAGCCGUCAGAGCGGAGCCCACGCUCCCUUCACCCUGGAUCACGGAUCUGUCCUGCCCUCUCAGGAUCAAUAUCACGACAUCCGUGCGAGCAGUCCGUACAGCCUAGCGCAGUCGCCUGCGUCCCUUCAGCCUCUGCCUCGGCAGCAGCCCAUCAUCUCCAGCCUGGUAUACCCUGACUCCGGCUUGCCCAUGGUGGGACAGGGCGGGCACGGCAUGGUGCAAGCCGGGCCGAACGGCCCCAGCUCGGACCUGUCGACAGGAAGCAGCGGCGGUUACCCAGAAUUCCCGGCCAGCCCCGCCUCCUGGCUGGACGAGGUCGAUCACAGCCAGUUCUGAAGGACUGAAAUAGGAAUGGCUUGGAGCAGCUUCAGGAGAGGGAUGGAAGGAAAGUCAAACUCCUUAUUAUUUAGACAUCUGCAUGGACUGACGAGUAGCAGUUUAGGACUCAUGGAUGGAGACUAAAAAAAAAAAACAUACAUGAUCCAGAAACUUUCGCUCUUUCUAUUAUUUUACGGACAGUUUUUACUUCUAAGGGAAUGGAUCUGUUUUGGUGACAUAAAGAUCAACCAUUCUGAGUCAGACAAAAAAAAAUAAUUAUUAUUAUUUAUUAAGAUGUCUGAGAUAACCAUGUGAGUUCCAGCGUGUGUGCACUUUGUUGGUGCAGUAAAAUGAAAAAAGAUAUUUGUAUGAAGACAUUGCUCCAUUAAUGUUCUAUAGAUGUCAGAUGGGACUUUGAUAAAGUUUAUAAAAUACUUCAUUUCUCCCCUCAAUGUCUAUGUGUAAACAUCACCAUUUUUUUUGUGUCCAGUUGUUGCCAAAUGUCUCUAUCUGAUAUAUCACGACUCAGCAUUGUGGAUCCUUUAUUUUUAUAUACAGUCUACUUGGAAGUCACGAAAACAUUUAGUGCAUUUUCUGAAAAGGAGUAGACGAGCUGUAGUUGUUGACUCUCGUUAUUCUAUAGGAUACUUCUAUGCAUUUGUGUGUUUUUGGAUGUAUCUUGUUCGUUUUUCCUCAGCCUCAGCUUGCAGCUCCAAGGCUCCUCUAAGUGUUUAUGUGAAAGAUGUUUUAUGUCUUAUUUAUUCUCUCUGAUAAUGAUGA